UCGACAAGUUACUUCACUUCCUCUUAGCUCGCUGUGCGUCCAGUUGGGUAAUACCGCCCGUUUAUUUCAGGGCUUUGCUUCAGUUCCUGUUACUUGAUGGCUAAAAUGCAGAGUUAGUGGGGGGUAUGCGGACAGUCUGUCAACACAGACACUAUAAAGGCGAUUUUAAUUAUUUUAUCUGGCGCAACUGAACAUCCCUAAAGCUCUACAUGCAUUUUAAAAGGAUAUUUAUUUGAGCUCUGGUACCUGGAUUAAAAAAAAAAAUGUAUUCUUGUCUAGCUCUAUUCAUCCUGGUUGCAACCUCUUCCAUUUGUAAAGGUCAGAACGUUUUCCCCAAAGAUCCGUACAUUGAAGUGGGAUCCAGUAUCAAUAUAGUGUGCCAGAAUAACGUCCAAGGCAAAAUAUACUGGACGCUGAACAGUGAACGAAUAGAUAAAAGCUGGCCAGUCACUAUCAACUCCUCACACAGCGUCCUGUCACUGCUGAACUUCACUCACAGCAGUGCUACACUGCAAUGCCACAGUGCAAAUACUCAAGUCCUCGGAGGCACCAUUAUCAGAACGUACACGAAACCCAGCAAUAUGUCAUGCAUCUUGACUGAUACGAUUGGUGAUAGUUGGUUCAUGUGCACCUGGGAGCAUCAGACUGAUUCUUCAUUGAAAAUAAACUACACUGUCCUGUGUAACUCAUGCUCUAACCUGAGUGAAAUCUGCAACUCCCAAGAAACAUCAUGCAAAUCCAAAUAUGCGGAUAUAGCCGAGGAAAUAACUUUUGUGGGGGAUUUUAAUGUUACUGUGAGAGCUAAACACGCUGCUUGGGAAGCGUUUUCAGAGCCUCAAGUAUUUAAACUAAGAGAAAUAUUGAAAAUUAACCCUCCGAAGUUGAAAGUAACUGCCGUCUCUGAUCACCUAUUGGUUGAGUGGAAACCGACAUACAAAGUCCAAAGAAAGUAUCGCUGUCAAGUCAAAUACAGCACGGCUGCCAAUGAAAGUACUCCAGAGGUGCUCAAUAAGAAUCUGGCAGAACUUGAGAAUCAAGGGAUCGUGAAGAUUGAAAAUGUGAAGUCCUGCAGUAACUACACAGUUGCAGUCCGCUGUGCUUCAGAAUCAGCCCCCUGGAGCGACUGGAGCCAGGAGGAGACAGUUCUGACCAAACUAAACCAGAGUGAUGUCAAGCUGCAUCUGUGGAGAAAGGUAGCUGAAGCAGACGAAAAUCGAGUUCGAAAAGUUCGUGCCAUGUGGGCGGAGAUUCCUUCAACGUGCCAAGAAACAGUUACCUACACUAUCAAACAGACUCCCUACAAGCAACACAUGACUGGAGUAGAUCAUAUGGAGACUUCAUGUGACAAUUCAAUUUGUGAUGUGAACCAAGAUGCGCACAGAAUAAAUCUCAAAGUCUUUCACAAUAAAUCCCUGUUUGUGGAGGACUCCGUUUAUGUUCCUGCCAUUGGAGAGAGACUCCCUCAAGUUACCAACAUUCAGACCUCAACCUUUGAAGGCGUUAUUCUGGUCAGCUGGAAGGCUCCUCGUGAGCCUGUCAGUGGUUACAUGAUCGACUACACCCACAAUGGAAAUAUAUACUCUUGGAAGGAGACCAAAUACACUAACACAACACUGUUUGACCUCCUGGAUAAGAAGCCAUACAAUAUUACAGUAACUCCCCUCUUUGAUGACAAGACAGGUCACAGCACACAGGCCCAUCAGAUCUGCUCCAACGUUGGAGAUCCAGGGGAUUUCACUAAUGUCAAUGUUCAGGCUAAGCACAAAAGCGCCUUUGUGAGCUGGAGCGUGAAGUCACAAGAGGCAUGCAGGGGUGCUGUUGUUAACUACAUCAUCUUCUAUAGUACGCAGGACGGACCACAGCUCAAUGUUACUGUAGACAACACAACACAACACAUUUCUUUGAAAGAUCUGAAUCCAAACACCCAAUACAGCGUCUAUGUCAAGGCCAUAGCUCAUACUGGAACUACCAAAAGCAGUGAGAGGCUCUUCGAAACCAAAAGAUUCGAUCCGGCUCUCAUCACAGCACUCAGUGUGUGUGGAAGCAUUUUAAUAGUCCUCGUGUUAUCUGUUGGAUUAUGCUGUGCUAUUCAGUGGAAAAGAUUCCAGGAGAAGCCGAUUCCUAACCCUGGCAACAGUUCGCUGGGGUUGUGGCGGCCGACGGCUCAUGACCAGGGAAUAUGGCGCUUCCAGCCAUUGAGUUAUCCACACCAAAACAUCUUCAACGUGGCUGACCCAGUGGAGGUACAGAGAACGUCCAUCUCUCCACUAACUCCAGGCUGCCAUGAUAACCCAGCCAGUGACCAGACAGUGGAAUACACUGACCCAGUCCUAGUCACAGCACCAGACAUACAGAGCGAAGACUCAGUUGAACGUAAAGAGACACAGCAUCCAUCUCCUCCUGAAGAAUCCACAGAACUGCUUUCUUCCGAGGGCGGCCCGUUGAGCCCAUAUCGAAGUCAGAGUUCUGUGGAAACUGCUCCCAGGACCAGUAAACCAUGUAAGUCUGUUUCACUAAAACAGCCAGACAAGACACCACCUGUGACCAUUUACGUAACUUUGGACAUGUUUGAAUAAGAUCAGAGCAGGAAAAAUGAAAACAAUACCUUAAAGAUAUUCCAGGAAUCGGGUCAGUCAGCUGUGAAUGAAUCAGAUGUGGUUUAAUCUUGCCAAAGACUUUCAUCUGUGACAUUAUUGCUGCUGAAUAUAAAGAAAAAAAAUAGUAUAAUUUAUAUCAGACUUCACUCCCCAGCUAAUAAACUGCAAUGUUUAAUGUAAAAUAAAAGCACAUUUUGCUACUGUCUAUCCUUUAUUGCGCAAACAUGUAAUAUUUAUAGGCCAACAAUGUGUGUAGUAGCUAGUUUAUUAAGUCAACUUGAUGUCUUUUGCAGCGAUAAUUAUAUGGAGGUAACUGUAUAUUCCACUAAAGGUUCUCCUUUAAUGCAAAGUCAGACCUAAAUACAUAUUUAAAAACAUAUUAAUAACAUACAACAUAGAAAUAUGUACAAUUACAAACUGCAUUAAAUAUUAUAUCACAAAGUUCAGGUGUGUCCAAGUGUUGUAAAUAUGUAUGUACAUUUAUGGUGUAAAAAUCCUGUUAUUAGCUAUGUAUUAUGAUAAGAUUCUCAUAUGUUUCCUGUUUGUUAUUAGUGAUAUCUGCACUUGUUAAAGCUGUACUAAACUGCUUAAAACCAUAAAUGCUGUCACUCAUUGCAGCUUUUCUUGAACAACCUGGCAUUAGUUUUAACAAUUACAUGUACAUAAGCUGUUUCAUGGUGUAGCAUUUAUUGUUCUCCAGAAAUGUUUGAACUCGCCUGAGACGGUAUAGUUGUAUUUGUAUAAAAUGGCGCACAAAUGGAUACAGAACUACACUCAAGAAGCUGUUAAAUAUAAUCCAAUGUAUUAUCACAAAUUCUGUCUUAUUUAUAUAUAUUAAAAUUGUGAAUGGUUGAAAUGGUGAAAGUUUACUACUUAGCAAAGCACACUGCACCAUUUACUAAAUAUUCACCGAGUUAAAUGGGUUUGAAAAAAACUGCAUGAAUUUUGUGUUUAUUUAUAUUGUAUGAUUUUGUACUUUAUUAAACAACAACGUUAAAUAAAGCACAGAUUUGUUUCGGUU